AUGCUUUUACUUGAUCGUUUUGGUGGCAGAUGGCUAUUCUCACCAAAUAUCGAUGAAGACUUUUCACAUAAAAAGCUAUCAAAAUAUCCAAAAGAAAAGGUCAAUGAAGAUUUUAAAUUUGCUGCACUGGUGAUACAAUUGGCAUUAUGUUACACUAUUUUAGAAAAAUCAAUAGAAUACUUUUCACAAUUUGAAAAUUAUUUGAAUUCUCAAGAUGACAAUGUUGAAGUUGCUAUAAAAUUUGAUCCAGAAAUAUUAUUAAAAAUCAAAGGGAUUUUAACUGAAACAUUUAGAGCAAUAAUUGAUAAUUUACUUGAAUUCAAAGAAUAUACAAAAAAUGAUGUUAAAGCAGCAAUUAAUGAUUUUAAAAUUUUAGCAAGUAUACGGGUCCUUUCAUCAUGGUUAGCUGAAGAAAAUGAAUUUCAAAAAGAAGUUUCACUUCUUAUGCCAUUCUUAAUCAAUAUUUGUUCUUAUAGUGAAAAGGAAAACUUGGAAUUAAAUCUUGUUAAAAUUAUGAUGCCAGCUUAUUUGAAUCUCACAUCUCAGGAAGAACCUCAAGAUGCUUUUCUUUCUCAUGGUGGUAGUAAUUUAAUAAUUAAUCAUAUACUUAAUAUUUGGUCUAAUAUAAACAGCAGUGGUAGCAAUAGUGCCAGUAGUAGUAAUGUUGAUAAUAUUAAUGUUAACGAAAUUUAUUCAAGAGAUUUUGUUAAUGAUGUUCUUGGUCCAAUACAAGUUUUAUUAAAUAUAAUUGUGUCAGAAAGAGAAAAAUUUGUUAUUAGAAAUGAGAAAGAAAUAUCAAAAGUCAUGAAAAUAUGCUUUCAAAUCUUAAAUCUUCUUGAAAAUCUAAAAAACAUUGCAAAUAAUUUUUAUGGAAAUAUACAAAAUAAUAAUAGUUUGAUAAAUGAUUUACAAAUUGAAGAAUUAAUAUAUUUGGGAAAACAGAAUUUAGAAAAUUUUUAA